UUAAAAGCCCAGCCGCGCCGUACCCAAAGCUCUCUCGAAACCCUAGCCGCCACCUUCCACCAAGGCACCAACCCACAGCACCCAUCACACCUACGCGCCGACGGCGUACGCCAUGCAGCGCGCCGCCGUAAGGUUUGCUUCCAUGGCCACCCGCCGAUUCGCUGCGUCGGCCACCCGCCCGGGGCUCCCAACUGGCGCGGCGCCUCUUCGGCCUGCCGCGGCGGUGGUCAACGGCACCUCGCGAUUAUCCCUCCAGCCAACUGUUGCUGCUGCCGCGGCGGCUGUGUGUGCCCGGCGCGGGUACGCCGGCACGUCUCGGGAGACGAAGACGGUCGGCGAGGAGGACGAUGAUGACGACGGCGACUUCUUCGACGAUGUGUCCUGCGACGAGGACUCCGAAGGCGACUCCGACAGCGACGAUUUGGAGGACGCUGAUCUGUAUGCUUCCGGAAGUGACUAGGAGGAACCAGUGAAGAAGCGCGGGAGGUGCUGACUGCUGAGAGGUCGGCUCGGUCGAGAAAUUUUGUUGUUUCGUUACUUUCUCGAGAUGGAGAACAAAAUAAGCCAUGCCAUUUUACCACAUUAAGUUGUAUGCUACAGGAAAAUUGUUUGUACUGUAGUGCCUAAAUUACAGCUUGAAUCGUCAAUUUUAAUUUCAGAGUGAUAUAUAGUCUACAGUCUGUAGGAAAAUUGGUACUUUGGCAAUAAGAAUUGAACGGGGAAAGGAAAUUUAA